GGGAUGAGAUGAUUCUUAAUUGUUCUUGGAAACCAUUGGAUUUAAAUGCUGCAAUCAAGAUGCUUAAAGAAGAGUCAAAAUUUGAGGCACCUAAUGUCCUAGAUGAGUCGAACCCAAGAAAUGACAAAGAUAAUACACCCGGAAGCAAGGAGUUGGAAGAGGUUAAGCGGAUGGAAAAUGACAAAGAUGAUAAUCAAGACCCAAAGAAAAAUUUCCUUUAUAAAAGCUGGCCUUCAACUGACGACUCAGACCGUGCGCGACUCCUAAACAGAAUCCAUACCUCAUUUGAGCGGCUUAUCAAAUGCAACUAUCUCGCCUCAAGUCAUGUUAGCAAGGUUAUACAUUUUGUAGUGGAGGAGCUGAAGGGUCUUGCUGAUGGUUCUCAGCUUCUUAACUAUAAUAUAGACAAAUCACCUAUGUGUAUCUGCUUUCUGGGUUCUUCCGCUCUUCAGAAAAUCUUGCUUCUUUUGCAGGAAAUUUCGCACGACAUUUUUUCUUGUAAACAAGAUAAAUAUUCUGAUAAAAGUUUCACUCAGAAUGUUGAGAUUGUGGAGAAGAUAUAUUUUACACCAGAUGAUUUAGUUCUGGUGCUUGAUCUCAAUUCUUCAUUGUGCAGUGAUGCUGGUAAUAAUGAUUCUAGUUCAGCAACUUCAUCGCAGAUCUGCUAUGAGAACGAGGAUGUAAUACUUGAUUCAGAUGCAUUAUUGACCUGGAUAUUUACGGGCCCCUUGUGUGCGGAACGAUUGACAUCCUGGACAUUUGAAACGGAAGAGAAAACACGGCAAGGUAAAGAAAUUCUUCAGUUACUAGAGGAGGAAUUUCAUAACUUGCAGGGCUUGUGUCAUAGAAAAUACGAGUAUUUAAGUUACGAUGAGGCAUUGCAGGCUGUGGAUAAUCUCUGUUGCCAAGAGAGCAUUAAAAGAGAGCAUGUUAUAGAUUAUGUCCCCCAAAGUUAUGAAUCUGUCCUGAGGAAGCGGCAAGAGGAGAUCAAAGGAAAUGACAAUGGAAUGUCCAAUAUCAGCAAUAGGUUUGAGUUGGAUGCACUGGCAAGUGUUUUGAAGGAUGCAGAGUCCUUGAAUGUAAACAAGUCUGGACUUGAGGAAAUCUAUAGUGCUGUGAAAUCUCAUCCUUGCCCUGUAGAAUCUGGUGAAGAUAAUGAUGGGAUAAUAAAAAACUAUUUGCAGCAGGACUCCUGCAUAGACGUUGAAAUACAGAAACAGAAAGACUUUGUGGGUAUUGAGCUCUGUAAAAUUGAUGCAAGGAUCCUGCGAGUUAUGAAUUCGAUGCAUCAGUUGGAAGUUCACCUUAACCCGGCAGCUGCCCAUGAUUUCAGAUCAAUCUUGGUGCCUCUUGUGAAAUCAUAUUUGCGUGCACGUUUGGAGGAUCUGGCAGAGAAAGAGGCCACAAAGAAAUCUGAUGCUGCCAGAGAAGCGCUUUUAGCGGAACUUGCUGCUGAUUUUGUACAGGGUUCUGGUGGAGGAGAGGAUAGCUCAAGACAUAUGCAAGACAGGACGAAGGAUAAGAAAAAGAGCAAGGAGAACAGGAAAAACAAGGAUUCAAAGGACAGUGGUGGUAACGUGCUGUGUAUGAUUGAUGAUCAGACAUCUGGAGAGAUAUCACAUAUAACUGCUCACGACAUUAAGGAUCCUGAUGCUGCAAUUUGUUUUUCUGGCACUGGUGUCACUUUAAGACAACAGGAAGAGGAGAACAAGCUGGGAAUCAAACUUGAAUAUGAGGAAAGAAAGCCUGGAGAAACUAUGGAACAUGAAAAACAAAUUGAAAAGGAGAUAAAACAGACGCAUGUUGCAGAGCAACCUGUGUCUUCAGAAAAGGAAAAUGAUGAAGUUGGUCACCUGAGAUCAAAGCACACUCCAGGUGGGGUUGGAGGUGUGUACCUUACUUCAAUACAUCUAAUGGUGCGUGUAUCUGAGAUAGGUCUCCGGAGUGCACUUCCCCUCGGCAUCAUGGGCGAGGGCACUUCGGUCAGUUCGGCAGGAUUGUCUAUGUCUUGCAGUGUGAUAGUAGAUCGUUGA